GCUGAGUAGAACCAACGCAAGCACGCAAAAAAACACCAAGCGCUAACAGACAAUUCCGUCAAGGGAUCGAGUGCAGACCAGUGCGAAAUUUCCUUUUAGACAACAUCAAGAUAUCGUUGUGAAGGAAACAUGUGUGACCCACUUGACCUAGAGGAAACAGCAACCCACACAGGUCCAAAGGGUGUUAUCAAUGACUGGAGGAGGUUUAAAUUGGAGAGCAUGGAGCAGGAAAACCUGCCACCUGCAAAACGGGAACUGCUCAGACAAAUGUCAUCACCCCAUCGGAAAAAGGAUGAUUCGAGAUCAAAUCUUAAUCGCAAGAUGAGUGUACAAGAGUAUGAACUGCUCAAGGAGGAGGAUGAGGGCUGUCUUAAGAAGUACAGAAAACGGUGCAUGCAGGAGAUGCAUGACAAGCUCAGCUUUGGGCCGAAGUUUGAAGGCGUGCACGACCUGGACAGUGGGGAGGCAUUCCUCGAAGUAAUUGAGAAAGAACAUCACAGCACGGUGGUCGUAGUCCACAUUUAUAAGAUUGGAGUCAAAGGGUGUGAAGAGCUCAACAGCUGCCUCGACUGUCUGGCCACAGAGUAUCCCACUGUUAAAUUCUGCAGGAUUGAUGCCGUUUCUUCAGGUGCUGCUGAGAGAUUCUCAGAUGAGGUGUUACCUACCCUUUUGGUCUAUAAGGCAGGUGAACUGCUGGGGAACUUCUUGGCCUGCACACAGCACUUAAACGAAGAGUUCUUCGCUACAGAUGUGGAGGCCUUCCUCAACAGUUAUGGUUUGCUGCCAGAGAAAGAAGCACCGAUGAUGGAUGAUGAAGAGGAGAAUGAUGUAGAGUAAACAAUUGCUUGUGACUGCUAAGUAACCAAAACAAAGUUGUCUGGUGAGUUGUAUGUAGGGCCUAAAAAGUGUUAUUUCCUUAUCAGAAAAUAUCUGAAUCUGUGGUGGAGGAGGGUUCUUUGAGAGGCUGUUAACAUCUCAUUAGGCAAAGGUUUCUUAUGGGGCGCCAUUUGUAAAGCAGCACAUAUUGAAAAUUACGACAACAUUUUCUCACAUUUAGCGCCACAUAGUGUUUGAAACGUGGUGUGAAAUUUUUAGAGUCACCUUUUUUUACUAAUUUACAACAUUAUUUAGCAACCUAAAUAUUCAUUUUUGAAUAAGAAGUUUUGGACCUGAAUGUUUAAAUCCAGAACUAAAUAUUUAAUUUAAAUCUUA